UCACGACGUCUCCGAAGUCACGAAUCUCCACAAUAAAAGCUGGGCAGGCCUCCGGGAACGUCUCUGUUUAUAACAUUUAAUCUUGUACACUGGGUACUGCGCGCACUAGUUGCGAUUCAAUACCCCUUUUGUUCUAAUUUUUUGGUUUCACCGAACGCCAGAUCUCAGUCAUCUCCGAGAUUCAACCUCGUUCUAUUGUUAUCGUCCUUAUCAUCUUGAGAUAGGGUUAUUCCCAGACAUGUGGACGGCGUCUGGUGUUUGUUAUUGUUCCUGCUUUCUCGCCUUUGUUGUUCUGGGGAUGCCAUCUCUGAUAGAGGUUUUCCCCAUUUGGAACUUUUCUCACUGUUUCUGUGCCUUGGUACAGCCUUCUUCAUUUCUCUUCUCUGGGCAGAAAGUAGGUGGGCCUUCUGUCCCUGCUCUACCUGCUGUCAUCAUUCUUCUGCUUCUUCCCGUGGCAGGUAGAGUCAAAAAGGAAUGGGCCUUGGAGUUUUCUCUCUCCGACAGGAUUCUGGUUGUCGUUUUUUUUUUUGGUUUUCCAACUAUUUCUCUGUUCUUGGAUGAUGGUGUUUUAAGAUCUGGCUAAGCUGUGGUUUUGGUUACAGACAGCGGCUGGGCUUAUUAGAGCUAUUAUCUCUGCGGCUUGCGAAAUGAAAAAAUGCACACACCCAUUU